CAGCCAGGUGAGCGGGUCAGGUGGCGGAAGUUCGGCCAGCUCGUCGAAGUGACGGCCCUCGCGGAGCCAGAAACAGCUAUCCAGCAGGAAAGAAUGGAGAAGAAACCGCCACUUCUGCAGAAGGAGAGCACAAAAAGCACCGGGACGUCGGCCCGAGCAGGUCUGCCGAGUGAAGGCGACGAAUUGGAGGAACUUUAUGAAAGUAGGAAAGCAAUGAAACUCGCCUCAGCUGAUGCGGUCCGACCGAAGGAGCCGCCCCCUCCGCCGGCCGAUGUCGCCUGCCGCCCGCCGGACCCGCUGUACGUCAGACGGGCAGGACUGAGGUUCUGGUGCACCAAACGGAUCCUCGACUGGCAGAGACAGGCGCUGCGUGCUCGGGAGGACCCGGAAGCGGUUCUGAAGCCGGUCAGAGAAUAUGGCGAGGAGUCUGUCUUGCAAAACGGUGAAAACGGCGAGAUGGGAUUGAAAGGACAUUACGAGAACGAACACCGACAUUACGAAGACGACAAAGAACACCGACAUUACCAGAACGACAAAGAGCACCGACAUUACGAGAACGAGAAAGAACACCGACAUUACGAAAAUGAUAGAGAACACAGGCAUUAUGAGAACGAUGAAGAGCACAAAUAUUACCAGUACGAUGAAAAUCACGCUCAUUACGAGAACGAGAAAGAACACCGACAUUACGAGAACGACGAACAACACAGACAUUAUGAAAAUGAUGAAGAACAGUCAAACUUGUCGACGCACGUUUAUGCCGAUUUGGACCCCGACUUUCUGGCAGCACAAGAUGCGAUCAAAAAUGCCACAGCUCAGCCAUUCUAUGAGAUGGACAUCACCACUGCGGAUGAAGAAAAAGAACAACCCUUCUACAAGAUGGACGUCACGAAUGCCAAAGAAAAGCAACAAGAACAGCCCUUUUACGAGAUGAAUGUCGCCUCAGCCGAUGAGAACAAUGAACAAGUCUUCUACAGGAUGGACGGCGAUGAACUGGGCCAGCCGACUCCGUCAGAGAAUGCGUACGAAGAUUUAGACCCCGACUUUCUCGCAGCACAAGAUGUGAUGGACAGGAGGCACGGCGCUAAGGAACCGAGCAGGGGAGAUGACAGCGACGACCCGGGAUGCAGCCAGAACUGCCGUGUGUUCUGCAGGUCCCGCCCUGGACGCAUGGUGGCGCUUUUUGUUGGUGUUACCAUUGCUGGUAUUGUUGCAACUAUGGUCGCCCUAAUCCUCAAACAACACGGUGUACUGAGAGUCCACCCUGACGAAAACAAUGUGGUAAACCAGACAUCACUUCCAGCGACCUCCUCAACCUUGUCUGCACAUCUGCCUGUGACGUCACAAGCUACUUCUGAGACAACAGAAGCCACAGAUUGGUGGGGAGAGUGGACCCUCUACGUCAGAGCGUACUUCCAGCAGAACAAGGACGCCGCCGCGGGUUUGGAGGAACGUUACCCUGACAACGAGGUUGUGAUGACCCUGCUGGAAGACAGGUUCUUCUGGCCUUUUGUGUGUCGGCAGUGGAAAAUUUACAACGACCUUCCACACACCUUGGACACAGCUGUAGGCUAUGCCAUAGAAUACGGCAUUACAAGUGACUACAUGGAGUCACAUGGUCUAUCCGCAUACAGCGAGGUCUUUUCUUCCAUGUUGAGGGCGUUGGAGGCACUGCAGAACAAGACGGAAGGACUUCCGAAUGAUGGCAAAAUGAGCUUGGCAAUAGUUGGACAGUUAUUGUUGGACACUGACGUUGAGGCCCUGGUAAAGCUUUUCCCAUACCUGGACAGAAUUACACACUUCUAUCUCAUUGACUGCAGAAUUUCUCCUGAUGCAGCAACAUUUAUGGCUGGACAGCUACACCGGCUGCAUACGCUGACAAAGUUGAAUCUGAAGAAUAACAAGAUAGGAGAUGAAGGGGUGGAAGCAAUUGCGGAGACCUUUCCUCACUUGAAAGAGCUCCGACUUCUAAACAUCGCCAACACCUCAAUAACAAACGUGGGAGGAAGAGCCAUUGCCAAAAGGCUGGUUCACCUGCAGCAGCUACAGGAACUAUUCUUACAAGACAACGAGGUCAACGUCUCUGCACUGGCAAAGGCGUUUGCCAACAUGACGCGACUGGAACAUGUCUUCAUGUGGCCUGUCACAUGCAGUUCCAGGUCCCCCCACAAGGCGGCACAACAGGUACGAGACGCUGUCUACACGCUUGCGGGGCAGGUGACACUUCGUGGGGGAACUCAGCUGUAUGACAGCUGUAGUAACAGGGGAGGUACACAGCAGGGAGUGGAGACAGCAUGGCGACGAGUUAAAGAUAAACUAACAUCAGGAGUAAUCAUAUCAAACAGGCAGUUGAAGGUAGAAAUCAAACUGUUGGUCCCUGGUGCUGUACGCUAUCCACCCAGCGGCUAACAUGCUAUUUCCUGAUUCC